AUGUUAAAACAUUUAUGUGAAGCAACAAUUUUGGUAAGUUUAUAACACGCACACUGGUCUGUCAUUGAGUACAAUAGUAAUCAUUUUGUUCCGUUUUGAAAACUGUAAAUAAAUAUUAGGUAUAAAUAUCGCUUUUUAUUGUUGGUUUCGUUUUGAACUAAAACUCUCUGAUAUAAAUGAUUGUAGUUUUUUAUAAUAAUCAUUUUUUAUUUUAGUUGCAAUUAAUCAACUCAACAUUUUAUUUUCUUCUCAUUCAAUGUUUACGUCGUAAACGUCUACCACCAGUUUCACAGCGUAAAACACCGCGCACAUAUCUUGCCAAGUCGUUAGAGUCAUGUUCUGAACGCAUUAUACCAGAGAAAGAACAACCGGUAUGUAUAAGAAUAAAUUUUUAAGAAUGGAAACUCUCUAUAACAAAUUUUAAUUAAAGACAUCUUCUACCUCUACUCAUUUUAAUUUUUUUAAAAAGUGAACAUUAACCUAGAUCCACUUUAGGUUCAAAAGAACGAAUUAAACGAAACUGAUGUCGAAUUCAAUUUGGACGCAGAUCUAGACAACAUAAUGAAAGCAGGCUCGAAGAAGACAUCAUCGAAAGUCAAACGAGUUAAAGAUCCGGAUGAAGUAUCAAUAUAA